AUGGACGGUCCCUACAAGCAGGACUUCCAUGUCCGAAACCUGCCCACCCGGUCCGUCACUCUUUUCCCGACACGGGCCCAAAUCGUUCGCGAAAUCAAACAAGUCAGCCUCAAGCCCGGUUCCAAUGAGAUCACCGUCGUUGGUGUGACCCCGACUGCUGAUGAGCAUUCCAUCAAGGUCGAGGGCACCGGCUCGGCUACCAUCACCGACAUUUCUGUUGAGUUGCUGCCAAAUCGGGACAUUUUUCAAGAGAUCUAUCCCGACUCCGAUUCUGAGCAGGAUGAGGAUGAAUCCGAGGAAGACGAUGACGACCAAGAGAAGGCCAACGUCGCCAUCGAGGAGGUGCGCGAGAAGUUGGCAGCCCUAAAAGACGAACAAAAGGCCGCCAAGGAGAUCAUCGCCAGCGCUGAGAGCCGUCUGAAGAUCAUCGACUCGUACAGCAACUCGCUCCACCCUAGGGACGGGGUCGACAUCGAGGCCAGCGUGGAGACCUACCGCAAGGAGCGCGAGAAGGUGUUUCGGGACCACGUGGAUGGCACAGCUCGCGAACGCGCCGUGGCAAAGGAAAUAGCCACUUUGCAGCGCGAAGCGACCCGUCUCGAUAAGCUCCAGGCGAAGGAAAAGAAGAAAGCUGCCAAAGAGAAGGCCAAGAUCUGGAAGGCCAAGGAGAAGUUGAGGGAGAAGCAGCGCCGCCGUGACGACGAGCAGAAGAAGGAAAAGCUUCGUAUUCGGAAGGAGCGCGAGCAGUUCUGGCCGCGCUCUUGCUACAGCGUCCGUAUCACCCUCGAUGCCGGCGCCAACUUCACCCCCGGCUCGUCCCGGCGUAGCUCCAUCGCCAGCGCUGCCGACGUGCAGGUCGCCUCCAAGUACCCCAAGGACGAUGAGGCCAGCAUGAUUUGCGACUUGACAAUCUCGUACGUCACGUCGUCCGCGUUCUGGGCCCCCAGCUACGACCUGUCGUUAUCAUCCACGACCAACACGGCCACGCUCAGCUUCGACGCGCGCCUCACCAACAUGACGUCCGAGACCUGGGCCAACAGCAAGGUGACGCUCAGCACGUCGCAAGCCAAUUUCUCAGGUCUUCAGGACGACACCCCGACGCUCGUACCUUGGCGCCUAAAAGUCGUCGGCAAGGGCGGCCCCUGGGACGGACAAGACAUUGCCCACAGCCAUGAGGAACGGAAUGAGAAGAAUGUCUGGAACGCCCAGCAAAAUGCCAUGGUGGCCCAGAGGCCACGCGCUGGUCUUUUCGGGUUGGGCCAGGCACAGCCAAUGCAACAGCAAAUGCAGCAGCAAAUGCAGCAGUUGAACCACGUCAUGGCCUCACACAAGGCCCCUGUCCCUCCGCAAGCCCAAAAUGUGGAUUUCGGCAUGAGGACCUUCUUCGCGUCGGGCUCUAACGCCAACGCCAUAUCCAAUACCGUGGCCCAUACUGACAACAUCCAGACUGAAUCCGCCUUUGGCAGAGCAGCGCCUCAGUCAAGACCUGCCCCUGCCGCUAGUCUCUUCGGCGGAGCAGCGCGUCAAGUAGGACCCGCCGCUACCGGCGGUCUCUUCGGCGGAGCAGCGCCUCGAUCAACCGGAUUCGCCCAGCCGUCCACCGUCAACCCCACGGCAUUCGGCCGCAGCCAAACGGAGGAAGUCUCCACCGCCAACGAGGAGUACUCCGCUCCGGGGGCCAACAAUCCGGACGACUUUGACGCGCAAACCAUGCUCGAGCCCAUCCCGGAGCUCACCUUCCAGGACUCCUCCUUCGAAGAAACCGGCCUCACCGCCACCUACGACCUGCCGCACACCAAGACCCUCAAACCCUCCCCGACCCCCUCCAAACAACGCGUCGCGCGCGUCUCCUUCACCAACGUCACCUUCUCCCGCACCGUCGUCGCCAAGUACAAGCCCGCCGCCUACCUGCGCGCGCGCCUGCGCAACACCAGCAAACUCACCCUCCUCCGCGGCCCCACGGGGCUCACCCUCGACGGCACCUUCCUGGGCCGCUCGACCCUCCCGCGCUGCAGCGCCGGCGACGGCUUCCACGUGCCGCUCGGCGUCGACCCGGCCAUCCGCGUCUCGUACCCCAAGCCCGACGUCGCGCGCAGCACCACGGGCGUCUUCACCAAGGGCGAGAACAGCGUGUACACGCGCACCGUCACCCUGGUCAACACGCGCGCGGCCGCCGGCAAGGCGGUCGGCGUGACUGUGUUGGAUCAGGUGCCCGUGCCGGAGGAUGAGAAGAUUCGCGUGGAUGUGCUGCAGCCGGCGGGGUUGGGUGCCAGUGGCGGCGGGAAGGUGGUGGCGGCGGGAAUGCCGGGGAGGGAGGGGAAGGAGGAGUUGGAUUGGGGGAAGGCGACGGCUAGUUUGAAGAAGGCGGGCGAGGUGCAGUGGGAGGUUUCGUUGAAUGCGGGGAGGAGUGUCAAGUUGGUGUUGCAGUAUGAGGUUGCGUUUCCGACGGGGGAGAGGGUUGCGCAGGUUUAUUAG